AUGCGGCGAACAACACGCUUCUACCUGGCCGUCUUCGCCCUGCUGGGUUCGUCCCACGCAGCGCAGCACAAGCCCGACCAAUGCGCGUUCGAGCCCGGUGCCAUCGUAUCCGACGCUUGCGCCACGUAUUCGGACCUCGAGGAAAUCAACGAAGAGGUGCAACCGUACCUAGACAAGAUCACAAAAGAGACCGACUUUUUCUCGUACUGGCGGCUGAACCUCUACAACAAAAAAUGCCCGUUCUGGUCGGACGAGAACGGCAUGUGCGGCAACAUCGCCUGUGCCGUCAACACACUGGAGAAUGAGGAGGACAUCCCGCUGGUCUGGCGCGCGGAGGAGCUGGGCAAGCUCGAGGGACCCAAGGCGCAGCACCCGGGCCGCAAGGUGCGCGACGAACAAAAGAAGGGAGAGCAGCGACCGUUGCGGGGCAGCCUGGGCGAGGAUGUCGGCGAGAGCUGCGUGGUUGAGUACGACGACGAGUGCGACGAGCGCGACUACUGCGUGCCCGACGAUGAGGGCGCGUCGGCCAAGGGUGACUAUGUGAGCCUGCUGGACAACCCGGAGCGCUUCACAGGCUACGCCGGCGUCGGCUCGCAGCAGGUGUGGGAGGCCAUCUACCGCGAAAACUGCUUCUCCAAGCCCCAGGCGAAUAGCGACAGCGUCACACCAGCAGGCAGUGGAUUGGGCCUGGGAGGUCUAUCCGGCGGACCCGGUCAGGCGGCACAGGACCUGAGGAACGUCAUGCGCAACCAGCCGCUGCAGCAGAACGUGCAGUCGGCCAUUGCGAACAAGGGCGCGCGGCCGUCGGCGCGCGUGGACCAGCUCGAGUUCGACGACGAGUGCCUGGAGAAGCGCGUCUUUUACCGCGUGGUGAGCGGGAUGCACGCAUCCAUCAGCACCCACCUGUGCUGGGACUUCCUAAACCAGACGACGGGCAAGUGGCACCCGAACCUGGCCUGCUACGAGAACCGCCUCCACAAGUUCCCCGACCGCAUCUCGAACCUGUACUUCAACUACGCCCUCGUGCUCCGCGCCGUCGGCAAGCUGCGCAACCACCUGCAGGACUACCAAUUCUGCAGCGCCGACCCGGCCCAGGAUGCCUCGACCAAGUCGCUGGUGCUUUCUCUCAUCGACACGAUCCCGGCCAACCAGCGCGAGCAGAUUUUCGACGAGAGCGUCAUGUUCCAGGACUCGCACGCGGCGGUGCUCAAGGAGGACUUCAAGCACCGCUUCCGCAACGUGUCGCGCGUCAUGGACUGCGUCGGCUGCGACAAGUGCCGGCUCUGGGGCAAGCUGCAGGUCACGGGCUACGGCACCGCCCUGAAGGUGCUGUUCGAGUUCGACGAGAAGGACGCGUCCAGCGCGCCCCCGCUCCGCCGCACCGAGCUCGUCGCCCUCGUCAACACGCUCGGCCGCAUCAGCCACUCCAUCCACGCCAUCAAGCAGUUCCGCCGCAUGAUCGACGAGCGCGACGGCGUCAAGAGCAACCAGCCCGCCUCCCACCUCCCCGCCGACCCGACCGGCCCGCCCGUCUUGCCUACCCCCAUAGCGGACGCCUACGAGGCUCGGAAGAGCCUGGAAGCGGAGCAAGAACGGCUGAAGAAGGAGGCUGAGAAGAAGGCAGAGGAUGAUGGCUACCCGCCCUUCGUGCGCAAGCCCCGCUUGAAGGACCCCACGCCGUGGGAGUCGGUGAAAGAAGAGGCCGAGCUGGUGUGGAAUGCGUACUGGUGGGUUCUCAGGCAAUGGGCGGCUAUUCCGGGGAAGUUUAUCAGGAUCGCUAUCGUCGAGCUGAGCCGCCUGUGGGACUUCUGGCUCGGCUUACCUGUCAAGCCACGUAGCUGGGAGUUCAAGCCGCCGAAGGUGCGGGAGGAACUUUAG